AUCAGGACAUUCACUCUUCUAGCAUUCCAGAAGCCUUUAUUGUCCCCUUUUCAGUAAUUACGGCCACCCAAGGUGAGCCGUGCCCUGGUUGCAGAUUCUCCACAAGGCCUUGGUUUUUCACAGCAUAUUGGUGGGAUCCCAGAGGAAGCUCCAGGAGAGUGACUUAUCCUCACAAGUCAUAUUACGUCACUUUCACUAGACUAUUGGUUGAAAUAGACACAAGCCUGCCUGGAUUCAAAGGCAGGGAACAUUGACCUCACGUCUUCAUGGGAGCUCUUUUAGGGCUUGUGAAGAGGCAGGUGCCACAUCUCUUUGAAGUCCACAUCCAUCCAUCUGUCUUCCCUCUCCCCCUUCCUUCGUUUUGUAGAUGCAUUUCAUUUCUCCAUUCUCAGUGUAUAAAUUUUCAAAACCAUCAACAACCAGGAUAUCUGAUGAGAAAAGGUUUCCGGCACAUCUUUCAGAGGUGUUUUAUAAAUGCCUUUGGAGUGAAUGGUUCAAGUAUUUAAUUUCCUGGUGAAGUAAGUCGCCAUAAAGACAGAGCUGAGGACAUCUAGAGUAAGAUUUGAUCUUCAUUCAUUACUGUGAAAACUAGUACAUCAAAAAGUGGAACAGACGCCUUGAAAGAAGGAGCUGUUACUCAUUGCUGUGUCUCCCCAGGUUUCUAGACUUGAAAAUGCCUCGUGUUAAAGCAGCUCAAGCUGAAAGACGGGGCCCUGCAAAGAGACGUCUUGCAGAACAAUUUGCAGCGGGGGAGGUAAUCACUGACUUGGCAAAAAAGGAAUGGAAGCUAGGAUUACCCAUUGGCCAAGGUGGCUUUGGUUGUAUAUAUCUUGCCGAUAAGAAUUCUUCAAAAUCAGUGGGCAGUGAUGCACCCUAUGUUGUGAAAGUGGAACCCAGUGACAACGGACCUCUUUUUACUGAAUUAAAGUUCUACCAGCGAGCUGCCAAACCAGAGCAAAUUCGGAAAUGGAUUCAUACCCAUAAACUGAAGUACUUGGGUGUUCCUAAAUAUUGGGGGUCUGGUCUACAUAAUAAAAAUGGAAAAAGUUACAGGUUUAUGGUAAUGGAUCGCUUUGGGAGUGACCUUCAGAAAAUAUACGAAGCAAAUGCCAAAAGGUUUUCUCGGAAAACUGUCUUGCAGCUAAGCUUAAGAAUUCUGGAUAUUCUGGAAUAUAUUCACGAGCAUGAGUAUGUACACGGAGAUAUCAAGGCCUCAAAUCUUCUUCUGAGCUGCAAGAAUCCUGACCAGGUGUACCUGGUCGAUUAUGGUCUUGCUUAUCGGUACUGCCCAGAAGGAAUUCAUAAAGAAUAUAAAGAAGACCCCAAAAGGUGUCACGAUGGCACUCUUGAAUUCACCAGCAUCGAUGCACACAAUGGCGUGGCCCCAUCAAGACGUGGUGACUUGGAAAUACUUGGUUAUUGCAUGAUCCAGUGGCUCAGUGGCCAUCUUCCAUGGGAGGAUAAUUUGAAAGAUCCUAACUAUGUUAGAGAUUCCAAAAUUAGAUACAGAGAAAAUAUUGCAAGUUUGAUGGACAAAUGUUUUCCUGAGAAAAACAAGCCAGAUGAAAUUGCUAAAUACAUGGAAACAGUGAAAUUAUUGGACUAUGACGAGAAACCUCUUUAUCGAAAUUUACAAGAUAUUCUUUUGCAAGGACUAAAAUCUAUAGGAAGUAAGGAUGAUGACAAACUGGAACUUGCUGUUGUGGAGAAUGGAGGUCUGAAAGCAAAAACUGGAACAAAGCGAAAGAAAGAAACUGAGAAAAGUUCAGAAGCUAGUGUCGAAGAAAUGGAAUGCUUAGAUACACAGACAGAAGAAGCCAUGCAGACGCGUUCAAAAAGGAGAAAGAGAGUCCAGAAGUAAAUCAUACGCU